CAAUAUUCGCUGACAAAUAUUUCGUUUUUUUUCUUCACAUUUUGGUUUCGUGUAUGUGUUUAUUCUUAAUUUAUUGUUUUAUCACAAUCAUAUUACUUCGAUUUAAUUGCUAUUGACGAAUCUGACUGAGAAAGAGAGAAAGGGACAAAAAGUAAUUCAUUGAAUAAGAACCAAUUGUGAUAUAUAAAAAUUGUGUCGGUGUGUAUUUUAUGGUGUCCAUGAUUUGUUUUAGUCGUUUUCGCUAUUUAUUUAUUUAUUAAUGCAAUCGACUGCCGAAUGACAAUUGACCAUUGAAGAAAAACACAUCGAUUUACUUGCACAAAGUUAAUGUUUUAUCGUCAAAUAUUCAAAAGGCUCAUAUUUUUGGUGAAUCAAUGCCAAAAACUGGUGCUGAAAUGGCGAGUCGCAAUCGAAAUAAUGUUAAAAUUGAAACAACCAUCGAAGGUUGUCGCAGUGAAGCCAAAUGGCAACGAGUCAUUGAAUUGGCUGAAGAACUUAAAACUGGUUCACCCAAUUAUGAAUGUUUGGCAAAUUUUUUGGUUGGCGAAGGCAAGCUGGAAAGUUUUCUAGAAGAAAAUCCACCGAUUGAAGUGAACUUUGUCAAAGCAAAAACUGGUCUGAUUGAUGCAAAAAAUUACUUAAAUUUAGUUACCGGAGACGAUGGGAAACGAGCUGGCAUCGCACUAGAUGCACAUUUACUAUUGGCCAAAUUAUUAUUUGCAUGUGGCGACUACGAAGAGAGUUUGGAAAAUUUUUCAAAGGCCGAAUUGAAUUCGCUGUCAGAAAAGGAGUUAACACUGAGAAGUUUAAAAAUCUUAGCUGAAUCGUAUGCAAUAAAGGGAUUAUGUUUAGAAAAUCUUGGUCACAAAGCUGGUUCAAAGUUCAAACAAGCGGAACGAACCACCGAAAUGAUAACAUGUUUUGAACGCGCCGCUGACUUGGGUUUAUUAUAUUUACAAGAUCAAGAUGUAAUUGGAUCAUCGACAGCUGUGGUGGUUGCAUCGGGUACCGGCACCUUACCAUCAUCAACUACAUCGGAAAAUCGAAAAAUGGGCGCCAUUUUAGAAACCGCAUUACAACGAGCCCCAUUAGUGCUAAUCAAAGCGAAUAAACUACAAGAAGCCAUUCAACGAUAUCGAUCGAUGCUCACUGCAAUCGAAACACAUUCCACGCAAAUAUUGCGAUUAACAUUAGCUCGCCAAUUGGCCGAAGUAUUGUUGCGUGGUGUGUCCGGUACAAUUUAUGCGCCGCCCACAACUCCAACGCCUGUAAAAAGUGCAACAGCACCGCGUCGCCUGUGGACACCAAAGAAAUAUGCUGGUCGAAAUCAAUUUGUGCCAAAAAAUUUGGCCGAAGAAACGAUUCUAUUGUUGUUAAUAUCCGAAGCGUUGGCAGUUCGUGAUGCGGUUUUAUCACAAAGCCCAGAAUUUCGUGUAGCUCGAACGCAUGCGCUGGGUAAUGCAACGGCAGUUUAUGAUUUACUCACAUUGGCAUCGAUGCGAUGGGGUCAAGUGGCAUUGUUGCACGAAUCAUUUGAAAAAGCGCUGAAAUUUGCAUUCGGUGAACAACACAUUUGGCGUCAGUAUUCAUUGUGUCUGGUUGCACUUGGCCGAAAUGAGCAAGCGGCGGGGCAAGCGGUCAAAGCGUUAAAAGAAUCAUCGAAACUCACACCACAAGAUACAAUUCCAUGUUUGAUGUCAUCACGCAUUUGCUAUGAAACAUUGAAUCAAAUUCAAGACGGUUUGCAUUGGGCACAAAAGGCAUUGAGCAAAGAUACAAAAGGAUUACGUCCAUCACGUGCUCAACUCUAUGUUGGCAUUGGUUAUCAACAGCUUGCAUCGAACACAACGCUGAAAACAACACGUGAGAAAUACUCGAAAUUGGCAUUGGAAGCGCUUGAGAAAGCCGUUCAACAAGAUCCAAACGAUCAUUUGGCCGAAUAUUAUUUAGCAUUGCAACAUGCAUUGAACUAUAAUAUUAUUGAUGCACUCGUUCAUAUUCGCAUAGCGCUUUCAUUGCGAGCCGAACAUGCAAAUAGUUUACAUUUGUUUGCAUUAUUGUUGACAGCCAAUCGUAGGCCGCGUGAAGCCCUAUUGGUGGCUGAAGAUGCACUCGAAGAAUUUCCAGACAAUUUGAAUUUAUUACAUGUUAAAGCACACUUGGAACUACAUCUACAAGAUGCGGACACAGCUUUAAUUAGUGUUAAGAAAAUGCUGCAAAUUUGGCGUGAUUUGUAUGAUUCACAAACAAACGGCACAGAUGGAAGUGACGAACGCAAUUCAGACACAAGAAGCGUUUUUCAAGUGCAUUCAACACAAAUGUCCGACAAAGAUUCAAAUUCAGUACAUGCGGCAUCACUAGCUGCAUCAAGAGUUGAACAGGCGCUAAGCGAAGCAGCUAGUUCGUUAAGUUCAUUUAGUCCCCGUCCAGGUCCACAAGGUGCAUGGAUGAUUCAAUUGAAAAUUUGGCUAUUAUUGGCUGAUGUGUACUUGGCCAUCGAUCAACCUCACGAAGCAAUGUUUUGCAUCCAAGAAGCCUCACAGAUUUAUCCGCUGUCCCAUCAUAUUAUGUAUAUGCGUGGUCAAAUUCAUGUGCAUCUGUCACAGUGGAAUGAUGCAAAACAGUGCUUUUUAAAUGCAGUGUCUGCAAAUCCGGGCCAUAGCGAAGCGUUGCGAGCAUUAGGUGAAACGCAUCACAUACUUGGCGAACCGCGUUUGGCCGAAAAAAUGAUAAAAGAUGCAGCUAAGAUUGAUCCAAAUUGUCCGAAUAUUUGGUUCAGUCUUGGCAAAGUGAUGGAAACGCUUGGUGAUUAUAAUGCGUCGGCUGAUUGUAUGGCGACCGCUCUUCAAUUAGAACCAACCUGUCCAGUUCUUCCUUUCACAACCAUUGCAUUAACAUUUGAAUAAGAUUCAUUUUACCGAACCGAAUUAUUUCGGAGCACAGAUAUAUAAAGUGUUUAAACAAACGAAUAAUGAAAAAUAAUGUUACCGUAUUGAAUACAGAUUGCAUUCAUCAGUGCAGCGUAUCGCGAUUUUUCAAUCGUACUACUACGAAUUCCAUAUUGUAAUAUAUAAAUAUAUGUAAAGAAAUCGCAUACCAAAAUUCAAAUGCAAGUCACGUGGCUAGUUCUAAUGUGAUUUUAAUUGUUAUUUUUUUCCUAAUUCAUAAAUAGUUUAAUGUCGUUCAUUUUUGAAUUGGAAUGAAAAUAGAUCGAUUAAAUUUUCCUUUGUUAUUUGUUAUUGGAUCAAAUAUAUUGCUAUGAAUAUAACUAAUUUAUUCUUGAAUAAUUACGGAAGAUUACCAAUUUGACACAUUUAAAAAAAAUCAUCUUGAUUUAGAGAAAACUAAUGGAACAUUUUUGUGCAGCAAAAUUUUGAAAUGUGUAGUCUAACAAUUUUCAAGCAGCAUAGCUUUUUCACAGACAAACACACACAAAAAAAACAACAUAUUCAAAAAUGCCCACUUAAAAGACGAGACUUUUUGAGAACUUAAUAAUUUAUGAGAAGUUAAGAUGAUAAAAAUCAUUUAAAAAAAUGGCUAAAAAUGUACAUAUGUUAUGUCUAUAAUAAAAGUCGAGUAAAGAUUUAAUUUGAUGCA